AUGUAUCACUUUAAUUACAAGACAAGAGACUCUUCACCACCUUCUCUGGAAGAACAGUCGCAACCAAUCGAUGAGUCAGAGCUUAAGGAUUUGAUGGACUCAUCAUGUGAUCCUAUUUGUUCGGUUGAUGAACCUAGUUCAAGCUAUUUGGAAGCUAAUUAUCAGCCAAAGACAGAUGUUGUCAAAGCUAUUGCUGUUCUUGCUGCAGCUCUUACAGGAACAGCUGCCAUUAAUCAUUCCUGGGUCGCUGCUAAUCAGGAUGUUGCUAUGGCAUUGUUGUUUGGAAUAGGAUACGCAGGGAUAAUCUUCGAAGAGUCUUUAGCUUUUAAUAAAAGUGGAAUAGGACUUGUCAUGGCUGUUAGUCUCUGGGUUGUGCGAAGCAUAGGGGGUCCUUCAGCUGAAGUAGUUGUUUCAGAGCUUCAACAUGCAACGUCUGAGGUAAGUGAGAUUGUGUUUUUCUUACUCGGCGCAAUGACCAUUGUGGAGAUAGUUGAUGCUCACCAAGGAUUUAAGCUUGUUACAGACAAUAUCACCACUCGUAAGCCCAAGACGCUUCUAUGGGUCGUAAUCGGCUUUGUGACUUUUUUCCUCAGUUCGAUUCUAGACAACCUGACGUCUACCAUUGUCAUGGUUUCUGUACUCAGGAAACUGGUUCCUCAAUCAGAGUACCGCAAAAUUUUAGGAGCUGUUGUGGUAAUAGCACCAAAUGCAGGAGGAGCAUGGAGUCCAAUUGGUGAUGUUACUACAACUAUGCUAUGGAUUCAUGGUCAAAUAUCCACCUUGCCGACUAUUCAGGGCCUUUUUAUACCUUCGGCCGUUUCUCUCGCUGUUCCACUAGCCCUCAUGUCCUUCUCCAGUGAAGUAAAUGGAAAGGGACAAGAUUCAUCAGAUGUAUUGUCUUCUGAAAAGAUGGCUCCAAGAGGGCAACUAGUUUUUGGAGUUGGACUUGGAGCGUUGGUUUUUGUUCCAGUCUUUAAGUCUCUAACUGGAUUGCCUCCAUACAUGGGUAUAUUGCUGGGUCUUGGAGUUCUUUGGAUCUUGACAGACGCCAUUCACUACGGUGAAUCCGAAAGACAAAAGCUCAAAGUACCUCAGGCCUUAUCACGAAUCGACACACAAGGCGCUCUGUUUUUCCUCGGGAUUCUAUUAUCUGUUACUUGUAUAGACUUGUGUAAUCAGUUUUUUUAA